CACGAGUCAGGAACGCUUGAUGUGGAUUCGGACUCGGAUUUUUGUGAAUUGCUGGAUCAAUAACCGCCGACAAGAGUUCAUCGCGUCUUUCAACCGACUUCUAGGGAUACGCGCGCAAGCGUACUCACCAUGGCCACAACACCCAAGCAGCGCCUCGCGCUGGCCAUCUGCGACUUCCUCUCGAAGUCGCUGACCGACGGCACCCUCCAGGCUGAGGAAAAGGACUCGAUCGACAUCGCCAUCAAUUGCAUUGGCGAGGCCUUUGGCGUCGAUCCCUCCGACAAGGCCGCCGUGUCCCAGGCCAUCGGCGCCCAGAACCUUUUCCAGAUCUACUCGGUCUACGAGACGUUCAAGAACGUCAACAAGCCCACCACCCCUGCCUCCUCCUCCUCCUCCUCCUCAUCCACCUCCGCCCCUCCUCCCUCCACCACCUCCUCUGGCCCUACCGAAGAGCAAAAGAAGCAAGCCGAAGCCCUCAAAUCCAAGGGCAACGCGGCCAUGGCCCAAAAGGACUACGCCGCCGCCAUCGACUACUACACGCAAGCCCUGGCCCUGCACCCGGGCAACGUCAUCUUCCUCUCGAACCGCGCGGCCGCCCACAGCGCGGCGCGCGACCACGAGGCGGCCAAGGCCGACGCCGAGGCUGCCGUCGCCGUCGACCCCAAGUACACCAAGGCCUGGAGUCGCCUGGGCCUGGCGCGCUUCGCCCUCGGCGACGCAAAGGGCGCCAUGGAGGCGUACCAGAAGGGCAUCGAGUAUGAGGGGAACGGCGGGAGCGAGGCCAUGAAAAAGGGGUACGAGACGGCCAAGCGGCGGGUCGAUGAGAUUGCGGCUGAUGAGGCGGCGGCUGCUGCCGCUGCUGGGUCGUCGACGCGGGAUGCUGCCGGUGGUGAUGCUGGCGGCGCCGGCGGGUCGCCGAGCCUCGCCGAUCUGGCGGGUAUGUUUGGCGGUGGCGGCCGUGGUGGUGGCGGCGGCAUGCCCGACUUCGGCUCCAUCAUGAACAAUCCCAUGUUUGCGUCCAUGGCGCAGAACCUCAUGAGCAACCCCGACCUGAUGGCCAAUUUGAUGAACAACCCGCGCCUGCGUGAGAUGGCCGAUUCCUUUGGGCGGGGUGGCGGUAUGCCUGACAUUGGCUCGCUCAUGUCGGAUCCGAAUGUCGCCGAGAUGGCCCGGAAUCUCAUGGGUGGUGCCGGACGGGGUGGCGCUGGUGCUGGGAGGUGAUAGCUGUUGUUCUUAGCCUACCUAUACACACGAUUCCCUCUCUUUAAAAAAAAAAAAAAAGUUCAACAGCCAUCAGGGAAGGCUUGACGCGGGUAGCGUUUGUUAAAUUUGAGUCAGUGCCUAUGACAUUCCGUGGCCCUCGCUGGACUGCUGCUAUGCCGUACCGCGACAUCUUAAAGAUUAUCACAGUCAUUUGUUGCAAUACGGGGUGGCUGCCACCUCGACAAAAGCCAUCGUCUGUGGAAUUUGCGGUCUAAUUCACCCAUAUACAUAGCGACAAUUCAAACAG